AUGUCUACACAUUGCAACUUUGUAUGCAGCAGUUGCAGAAAUUCAACUAAUUCAACUCAUCUUAGAUCGCAAUUCGUUAGGGGAAUUCGCGACAAUGAUAUUCGUGAACGACUCUUACAACAAGAUGCUAGCAAAACCUUCGAAGAUGCAGUUAAACUUGCACUGUCGAUAGAAUCUUCGAAGAUCGAAAGCAAAUGUUUCAAAUGUGGCCAAACUAGUCACAAAGCUAAUACAUGCCCAAACAAAAAUCUUAAAUGCCACAAAUGCAAGAAGAGUGGACACGUUCAAGAAGUUUGCUUUGGUGACAAAAUAGCUGAAAAUCGUGCUAUCGGAAUUUCUACAUACGAUUACGAUAACGAUGAAACCGAUUCCGAUGCUCUUGAGGACAUCAACACUAUACAAAUAGUACAAGUGAACAACAUACAUAAUGAAAAAUUCAUGAUAAAUGUUAACAUCGAAGAUGCACAAUGCUUAAUGGAAGUGGAUACGGGUGCGGCGGUCUCAACAAUGUCAUUACAAUGUCAAGAAAAAUUACUUCCGGAUAUUAGACUAAAGCCGACUUCAUUACAAUUACGAACGUAUACGGGUGAAAUAAUACAUCCUGUCGGUAAAGCUAAAGUGAAUGUCUCGCAUAAGAGCACAGUAGUACAAUGUGAUUUAUACGUCAUUAAUGCAAAAGUAGAUGCGAUACUUGGCCGAGAAUGGUUUCGAAAAUUAGAAUUGAAUAUACUAGACUUGAAAUCACUUGUAAGUGAAAUGAACGAAAUUCAAUGCAAGAACGAGAUUGACAAAAUCUUAAAUGACUACAAUGACAUUUUCGUAGAAACUACCGGCAAAAUUCCAAAUUACAAAUGUAAACUAGAACUCCAAGAAAACACGACCCCAAAAUUUAUAAGACAUCGUCCCGUUCCAUACGCGUUAAAAGAUAGAAUCGAAAAUGAAUUAUCACGGUUAGAAAACAAUGGGACAAUUGAAAAGGUAGAGUUUUCGCAGUGGGGUACACCCAUCGUUCCAGUAGUAAAGAAGAACGGCGAUAUUCGCUUAUGUGCCGAUUAUAAAAUCACAAUCAACAAGGCUAUCAAAGAUGACAGCUACCCGAUACCGACAGUCGAUGAUAUCUUUGCAAAAAUGAGCGGUGGAAAAUACUUUAUGACACUGGAUCUACACCAAGCCUAUUUACAUAUGGAAGUGGAUGAAAACACUUCAAUACUACAAGCAAUAAGUACACAUAAAGGCACUUACAAGGUAAAGCGACUGAUGUUUGGUGUGAAAGCAGCCCCGAAAAUUUGGCAGAGAUUUAUGGAUUCAAUUCUUCAAGACAUCGAUGGAGUAUCAUGCUUUUUUGACGACAUUAAAUUACAAGGAAGUACCUAUGAAGAGCUGCUAGUACGUUUCAAACAAGUUCUUCAAAGAUUACGUUCACACGGGCUACACCUGAACAAAACUAAAUGCCAAUUUCUACUUGACCACAUUACGUAUUUGGGUCAUUACAUUGAUAAACUGGGUAUUAAACCAAUGAACGACAAAAUCCAAAGCAUUCAAAAUUGCGCUCGACCAACAAACGUUUCGGAAGCUCGAACAUUUUUAGGUUUAGUAAAUUACUACCAAAAGUUUUUACCGAAAUUAGCGUGUCGUUUACAGCCCAUUUACAACCUAUUGAAAAAAGAUGUAAAAUUUUACUGGUCAACUGAAUGUGAAGAAAUUUUUAAACAAAUUAAAAACGAAAUUACUAGUACGAAAGUGUUGAUUCCAUUUGAUAACAAGCUACCCUUGUUCCUAGCUACGGAUGCAUCUCCAAAUGGACUUGGAGCAGUAAUUUCCCACAUCGACGAACAUCAGAAUGAACGACCAAUAGCUUUCGCAUCGAGAACUUUAACAAAUUCAGAAAAAAAUUACUCACAAAUCGACAAAGAAGCCACUGCAAUUAUCUGGGGAUUAAAGAAAUUUUUCCAAUAUUGUUAUGGCCGUAAGAUAAUAUUGAUCACAGAUCACAAACCCUUAACCAGAAUAUUUCAUCCAAAUAAGGAUUUACCAUCCAUGUCAGCAGUAAGAUUGCUUCACUAUGCAAAUUUUUUAUCAGGAUUUGAUUACGAGAUUCGAUAUCGAAACACCAAAGAUCACAGUAACGCGGACUUUCUAUCCAGAUUUCCGACUGAGGAACCAAAAGAUGAGUUGUCCAAAGAUGAAACUACAAUUUUCCAGCUUAACCAGAUUGAGACAAUGCCAGUUACUCAAAAAGAAAUCCAGAGAGAAAUUCUAAAAGACAGUGAAUGUAAGCAAUACUACAACGCACUACAAAGAGGUGGACAAUUGCCGAAUGGAGAACCUGAAGGCAAGUUUUCUUUAGAAAACCAUUGCAUAUUUAAUGGAGUCAGAGUUAUGAUACCAAAAUUUCUUCAAAAAAGAAUUCUCGACGAGCUCCAUACGGGUCACUGUGGCAUAGUGCGUAUGAAGGCUUUAGCUCGAAGUUAUGUCUGGUGGAGAGGAAUCGAUAAGGACAUUGAAGAAAUAUCAAGAAGUUGCCGUAAUUGCUGCAAGAACAAAAACAAUCCAGUUAAAGAAACACCACAUCAUUGGGAGUAUCCUACUACACCCUGGCAGAGAGUCCAUAUUGACUAUGCUGGACCCUUUAUGAACUGCUAUAUACUCAUUGUUGUAGACGCUCACACAAAAUGGGUGGAAGCCAUCCCUACGCAAACAAUAAGCUCUUCAAGAACAAUAAAGAUUCUUCGCGAGAUCUUUGCAAGAUUUGGUUUACCGCUCACAUUAGUUUCUGACAAUGGUACAAAUUUUUCAUCCCGUGAAUUUCAAGAUUUCACCAAGUCCAAUGGCAUUCGUCACAUAUUUUGCGCUCCAUAUCAUCCGUCUUCAAACGGACAAGCAGAACGUUAUGUUUCAACCGUAAAGGAAGGGUUAAGAGCAAUGUCAAAUGAAGAUGGUGAUUUGAAUCUCAAAUUAUGCAGAUUUCUGAUGCAGUACAGAAAAAUACCUAAUGCAACAACAGGGGUUUCACCAGCUGAGCUGAUGUUCAAAAGAACAAUUCGAACCAGAAUCGACCUAGUUAAAACUGAUGUCACAUCCAGAGUCAGCGACAAACAAAGCGAUUUUAGCUAUAAAGAACCUAGAGAAUUUGCGGACGGUGAAUCGAUUCAAGCUCGAUUUUACAACAACAAAUGCUGCAAGUGGAAAUUCGGAAGGAUAAUUCGGAAAAUAGGAAGUAGAAUGUACGAGAUACUAAUUGACGAUGAGAAGCACACACGCCAUGUCGACCAACUUCGAAGAACCGAUUGCAGAACAACAAAUGAUAAAAAUAACUAUAACUCAAAUCCCUUAAUCGAGAUAUCAAAUAAAAAUACCACGACUAACGAGAACGAUACAAGACAUGACAAUAACGUACAACAAACGAACACCUCCGAAUCAGUACCAAAUCAACCAGCUGUUAUUCACGCAUCACCAGAAUCGUCACUAACACCAGCAUCUACCAUACCAACACCAGCACCUACCACAUCAUCACCAGCCAUUACGUAUACACCACCGGAAGUGUCAACAUCACCAAAACCUAAAUCAAGCAGCCAGCCAAUCGCUCAUCAACCCUCUGCACCAGCAAGCCCAAGGCGGUCAAAGAGAACGAGAAGAGCACCAAACCGUCUCGACUUAUAA